GGGGGCCCAUGGCAGAUUACGGGCCUGGCAGCAGCAAUGGGAGGCCCGUAAUCUGCCAGCACCCUAUGACAAAAUGGAACCCACCAGCAGUGUGAGGAGACCUGAAAGUGGCACAUGGCAGAGUGUGGCGUUCGAUUCGCUCAUCUCUAAUCGCCACACUCUGCCAUGUGCCACUUUCAGGUCUCCUCACACUGCUGGUGGGUUCCAUUUUUGUCAUAGGGUGCUGUAUGGCCUCCCAUUGCUGCUUGCCUCCACCGCCACACUGUGGCUCCACAUUCUGGUUUUGGCCCCGUGACUGCCCAAAUGAGUGAAGUGUGCGGUGAUUCUAAGAUCGACGGCACUCAUCUGCAUGUCAUACUG